AGCAGCAGUGGGGUCGCCAACGUGGGAUUGGAUAGUGGAAACGUGAGCAAAAGGCAGCGUCAGUUGGCCACGAGCACAGCCGCGGUGUUUCCGAUGCCUGAUUCACGCCAGUUGCACCAAAAAUCGCAACAACUAAAUAGCCACUCACUGAUCUCCGGCAAAGGCAACGGCGCUAAAAAGCCACGCAAAUCCGCCUCCAAUACACAACAAACACAAUCAACACACAACAACAGCAGAUGCAGCAACCAACAGCCCAGCGCUGGGGACAACAUCAACAGUCGAUUUGCCGGAGAUUCGCAGUGGGAGCAACAUCAGCAACACAGUCGCCGCAAUUCCUCCGAAACGCAUGGACAGCGCAAUGAACGCACAUCAGAUCGUCGCAGUCGACUUAUUUACGACAUUGAUAACAUCGUGAUACCCUACAGCAUGGCCGCUCAGACGCGUGUCGAAAUUUUGCCCUACAAGGAGAUACCUACACCAAAGUGGCGAAUUGUGGACAGUGACAAUGAGAAAAAACAACAAUCAGCGAAUGAAUCAAAAACCCCUGAGAAGCUGAGCAAUGGCUGUGCGGAUACAAAGGCGGAGCAGGAGAUGCCAGAAGCAGCAGGAACAGCAACUAUACCCGCAACCGUAGCAUCAACUGCACCUGCAACCGUAGCAGCAACUGUACCCGCAACCGCAGUAGCAACUACAGCCGGAACCGUAGCAGAAACUCCACCGGCAACCGCAGCAGCAACUCCACCUGCAACCGCAGCAGCAACAGCACCCGCAGCUGAAGCAACAACUGAAAAAGUGCCUCAGCUAAAUAACAACGCUCAGAAGGAGGCGCCGAUCAAGCCCGCGCCCAAGCUUAAUGGCAUCAAGCGGUCGAGCAAGAAGAAGAAGCAACUGCCAGAGUCUGUCAAGCGGCAGGCAAAGCAAGCGAUUAGUAAUGGGCAGAUAAAUGGCAAAGAAGAGCAGCCGCCGGUUGAGUUAAAGGAGCAGCAGCAGCUGCCGGCGAAGCAUCUGUCUGUCAAUGGCAAAACCAAAAAGCACAAUAACAAAAUCCCUGUGAAUAAUGUAAAUAAAGCAAGCAAGCCCACUGCCAAGACUGCUGCCCCGCCUGCACCUGUUGCUGGUAAGGCCGAAGUAGCUCCAGCUGCGAGUACAGAUGCAACAGUUCCAGCUGCUGGCAAGGAUGCAACCGCUCCAGUUGAAAAAGACAAACCCAAUGUGGAACCUGUGGAGCCGCCUGCCAAGCGCCCAAAGCUGCAGCUAGCGCAAACAUCCGCCAAGAAGUCGCAGGACAAGCUAAAGCAGGCGGCAGCAGCGGCUAGCGUCGUUGACGUUGUUGAUGAGGAAGAGGAGGAGGACAUCUCAGAUGAGGCGUACAUAGCGCGCCAUCAGCGUGCGCUCAUCGAAGAGCGGCGUCGUUUCGAAACAUUCUUAAAGUUCCCUUGGAGCACACGCUCGCGCGCCAAUCGUCGUGUCGACAGUCGCGCCGAGUCAAGUGGGGCCAAUACGCCCGAUCCGACAUCGCCAGCAGCUUCACAGCUGGCAGGACCUACAGCUGAUAACGAGAGCAUACCCUCACCCUUGGCACAAACCACGCAGCAGCACCCACUGGAUGCCCUCUCAGGUGAUGGUGAGAUUACGAAGCGGCGACGCACCACAUCCAGUAAGCUAAAGGAUCACGAUCGUCGCAGCAACACGCCAGAUACCAGAGACCAAACGCAAGAUCCGCCACCUUUUGAGCCGCUUCAGUUUCCCCUCUCUGAGGAGGUCUAUCAGCGACUGCUGGCCGAGAUGUACGCCGAGCCCAAAGAGCCGGCGAUACCAGCCGCACCGGCCAAGCGUACCAAGAGCAAAUCGGUUUCCUCCAAUGGAGAUGGCUCAACGACAAGCGCUGGUCGCCGACGCAGCAGCAAGGCCAAAGCCACAAGUGGCAGCAAGUUGGCGCAGUCCGCAGCACCACUAAAUGGUAGCAAGAAUGCCAAGAAAUCUGUGGCACCUCACAUUAAUGGCGCCCAGGAUGAUGGCUAUGACGAUGUCAUUGACUAUGAGCCCGACGAGGAUGAGAACGAACUACUGCUGGAGGAAGACGAUGAUUAUCAUUACCUGGCGGCACCAGAUGAUCAGUUGCCAUCGGGCACGAAUAAUGCUAAUGCGUACAAUGCGAGCAUCGAUGCCUAUCUAGGCGAGCAUGAGGCACUCGACGAUGAGGAGCUGGCCGACGAUCCAUUCAUGGACGACGAUCCCAAUGAUCCCGAAUGGAAGCGCAGCAUUGGCGUGCGCCACGAGCGCAUGCGCAAGCGUGUGUAAACAGCGGCUGGCGACAAGCCAGAAGCGAAAGCCAGAGCGUAACGAGCAGCGAAUAGCUAGCAACUAAUGACGACAAGGCAGUGAGGAGCAGCGAGUAGCCCGCAGCGAAAUACGAGUAGCUAGCAACGAGUAGUACGCGGCAAGUGGCAACCAGCAAGUAGCGAGUAUACACCAGAAAACUAAUCCAAAGCUAUUAAGACCAUGUGAAGUGAAUUUCAAUUUUAAAUAAUUCGUCAAAUUUUAAAGCCAUCAGCGAGACGCUUUUUAACUUGUUUUCAAGCAUAUUGUUUUCUUUUGUUGUUGUUUGAACUAAAGCAACAGUUUCACUUAAAAAAGAGGAGCGUAAUUUUCAUUGCAGCCUAAUUCUAAGCAAUUUCUUAGUUAUUUAGUUCUAAAAGAAAAUAGUAAUACAAAUACAAAACACGCCACACACCCACACACCCGCACACCCACACACACAAGAACUCGUGAAAUAUUCAAUGUAAAUAGAAAGAAAACGAGCUAAUCAUUAAGAGAUAGUAAGAGAUAUAUGUAUGAAACUAAUGGAUAAAGCUAAUGAUAAAGAUAAUUAUACUACCCUAGUUUAACAGAAACACACGAUCGUUUAAAGCUUAAAUUUAGGCAACAAAUUAAUUCACUUGCGGCUUCAAGCCAAAGGUGCGCUACCUUUAAAUUAAAUACAAAUAUAAAUCUAGUUAUAUAGAUCGUAUGAUCGCAAAAAAGAAAGAAAAACGAAAGAAUGUAAUAAACACGUUAAUGUUGAUGUAAAAAAUGUAUUCGCGCACCACAAAAAACAAAAAUCUACAUUUUUGCCAAUUUUAAAAAGUAAUUCCUUUUGAUUAUUUUUGCCACAAUUAAGUAAUUAUUAAACAAUUAAAACAGGCGAAACUAUGAAUAUCUAAAAGAAAUAUAUGUACACAUACAAAUUUAUAUAUUAAGUGCGCCCCGUAAAAUGGAUUGAUGUAUUUAGUUUUUUAGGCGCUUUAAUUUCUACUUCUACUUUUAAACAAACAUAGUUGUUAAUUGUAGACAUUUACGUUAAAAGAUAAACUUAACUUUGAACCACACAAACAAAAACAUAUAGAUACGUGGGUAAAUUUGUGUAAUCCUCACGAAAUGUUAUAUAUAUCUAUUUUUUCAUUUUCUAUAUAAAUAUGUAUAUUGCUUUUCUGUUUCAACUCACAAACUUCAUGUAAAAGCCGUUAAUUAUUGAAAAGUGAAAUGUGUAUAUGCAAAACUAAGGACAUUAAAAAGCAAACAAAUACAAAAACUAU